UGAGUCAUUACAAUGACGAAUUGUAUAAUGUAGAGGUGCCUAGUUGUAUAAGAGAGUUUAUUUUUAGAGCAUUUUCUUUGACAAAGCUCAUAGCCAGCACUCCCUGAUUACUCAAACAGCUAAUUAGUCUUUCCAUGGUGUUGGUCUACAAGUAGGCGGAGUCAUACACCUUAGACUUAGACUCAUAGAGGCAUAAAUAGGUCAAGCCAAAGAAAACAUGGCGGUUCCCAUACACUCAAUAUUUGGCUGUUAAUUCAACACUUUGGCUCUACUACAGCUUUAUCUUUGAAUGGUCUGAUCGAGUCCAUCCAAGACAUGCCUGGCAGGUAGAGAGAGGUCAAAGUGACAGCAAUGGAUGACAGUACACAGCCCUUGUCAUUGCUAACUACUCAAGAGAAAAUAGCUCUCUUGGAACAAGAGGUCCAGUCUCUUAAGGAAGCGCUGGCCAAGUCGAUGGACACGAUUGGUCAGUUACAGGAACAGGAGAAACUGCUGAGAGAAAGGUUAGCUGACCAAGUUCACAACCAGUUCACAAUGAGGUCAGGUCAGGUGUUUGAAGACCUAAAUCUUGGAGCUCACAGACCAACAAGUCUGAUUAGUGCCUACCAUGACCUGUACCGAGAAGGUCGCGUAGACACACUGGACGCCUUGGACGAGAUCCCAGAGCUGCAUGGACUUGACAUUCUGAAAAUGAAGAUUUUAUUCUCGGUUGUGGUGCUUGCCUUCAGGUGUGUGCAACAAAAAAUACUGGACUUGAAAAGUCAACUCCGACAUCUUUUGUGUUUGCCUGAGCCAGAGAUAUCUGACAGAGAUUCGGAUCCGUUGUCUGCCGACAUGGAGCAAUACAUCAACCAGUAUUUCAUCAAAUCUGCUGAUCGCUACAACCUGACAUCUGUCAUUCAUGAAGUAUCAGAGAGUAUCUGCAGCACACUGUACGAAUACCCAGGACUUAAAACUUGCUCUCAGCUCAAGGACUACACAGAACUGGCCGUUAAAAUAGCCUGGGGUCUCAGUAUUCAGAAUCCACCUUACCUCAUCAUGUACGAGUCUAGGAAGUUCCAGCCACACUACCACACGAGAUUCCACACGUCAGACAGUGACCUGGACGAAAUAAAAAGUUUUCUUUGGCCUUUUCUUAUCGACGGACACAGUGGCGAAUGUGUGGCUAAAGGUGUGGUCAUUACUUGACCCUCAAGACUAACACACAUUAAGAGUAUCACCAGCGUGUGGUUGAGCUUCAGAACACCCAGGCUGAGCGUGGCGUCAUGUCAAUGCGACAAACUAUUCCAUAAACCUUAUGAUAUUAUUAUACAUGAUUAUACAUUCUGUAUUGUUUGAUAUCGUUUUGUAUUCUUGUACGUUGCAAUGUAAAUCCAAUGGUAUGAUAAGAGUAAAGUAUUGAGAGAAAAAAAAAGAAUGUAUGUCUCCUGGCAUGUUUCCUAAGGUAUUUCAGCUUCUGACUUCUAACUGAUGAAAUGAAUAUAGCUGUACCAAAUAAUGUAUGCAGUUGAAUGUAGAUUGUAGAAUUUAUAGUUAGCAUAAUAAAGAAAUACUAUUCUUGCGAUACUUGUUACCUAUAACAAAAUAAACUGUAAAUACAAAAACUAA